AUGGUAGCUACCUCUACCUCAGUACAGAAGGGUGGAGUCCCAGGUGUUCCAGGAUGCCUAGAGCACACCGGUGUGGUCUCGCAGCUCAUCCGGGAGGCAAAGGCAAGCAGAGGAGAUUUGGCAACACUCUGGCUGGACUUAACCAACGCCUAUGGAUCCAUCCCCCACAAACUCGUGGAAACAGCGCUGACAAGACAUCAUGUGCCACUAGCCAUCACCAACCUCAUCCUGGACUACUAUAACAACUUCCAGUUGAGGGUAACAUCGGGAUCGUCAACAUCUGCCUGGCAACGCCUGGAGAAGGGUAUUAUUACAGGCUGCACCAUAUCGGUGCCACUCUUCUCCUUGGCGAUGAACAUGAUCGUGAAGUCGGCUGAGGUGGAAUGCAGAGGCCCUCUGUCAAAAUCCGGAACGCGGCAACCCCCAAUAAGAGCAUUUAUGGACGACCUCACAGUCACCACAACAUCUGUGCCUGGUUGUAGAUGGCUACUGCAGGGACUUGAGAGGCUCAUCUCUUGGGCAAGGAUGAGCUUCAAGCCUGCCAAGUCCAGGUCGCUGGUCUUGAAGAAAGGCAAGGUGGCCGACAGGUUUCGCUUUGCAAUAGGAGAAACCUCAAUUCCAUCAGUGACGGACAAACCCGUGAAGAGCCUGGGCAAGGUCUUUAACAGCUCCUUGAGGGACUCCGAUGCACUCAAGCAAACCAAGGCUGACCUGACUGUGUGGCUCACAGCCAUAGACAAGUCGGGGUUGCCAGGAAAAUACAAGACCUGGAUUUACCAACACGGAGUCCUGCCAAGACUCCUUUGGCCCUUGCUUGUCUAUGAGGUGCCCAUGUCAAUGGUGGAGACGCUGGAAAGAACCAUCAGCCAGUUUCUGCGCAGGUGGCUGGGGCUCCCUAGAUCCCUCAGCAGCAUUGCGUUGUAUGGCCAUUCCACCAUGCUGCAGCUUCCCAUCAGCGGCUUGUCGGAGGAGUUUAUGGUCACACGCUCCAGGGAGCUGAUGAUGUACAGGGACUCCUCUGACAAGAAAGUUGCCACCGCAGGAAUCCAAGUAAAAACUGGGAGGAAGUGGAAGGCCCAGGAAGCCAUUGACAGAGCAGAGGCACGGCUGCAGCACAACAUCCUAGUGGGCAACACAGCAGUGGGUCGGGCCGGGCUUGGUAGCUUCCCCAAACCUCGCUAUGACAAAGCUGGAAGAAAGGAGAAACGGCAAAUGGUGCAGGAUGAGAUCCGAGCAGAAGUGGAGGAAGAUCGGCGGAUCAAGAUGGUGGCCAUGUACCAACAAGGUGCCUGGACGAGGUGGGAGCACGCUGAAAAGCGUAAAAUCACCUGGACAGAGCUCUGGAGACUAGAACCCCAGCACCUCAAGUUCCUCAUCCAAUCCGUUUAUGACGUUCUUCCAAGCCCAACCAAUCUACAGCGCUGGGGCAUAGCAGACACGGCGGCUUGCCAGCUGUGCGCGAGGAGAGCCACACUGGAGCACAUCCUCAGCUGCUGCCCGAAGGCCUUGGGGGAAGGGCGGUAUCGCUGGCGUCAUGACCAGGUCCUCAGGGCUCUGGCAGAUACGCUCAGCACUGCAAUAACCAACUGCAGAUACCAGCCUCCCUCCAAGAAGUCCAUCACCUUUGUCAGAGCUGGCGAGCAGGCACAACAUCAGCCAGGUUCCUCUGGAGGACUUCUCACCACAGCACCGGACUGGGAACUCAAAGUCGACUUGGGGAGACAGCUUAAGUUCCCAGAGCACAUCUUUUCCACUUCACUCCGCCCUGACGUGGUAUUAACAUCGGAGUCAACGAAGCAAGUGGUCCUGGUGGAACUUACUGUCCCCUGGGAAGACAGAGUUGAGGAGGCCAAUGAACGCAAGAGGGCGAAAUACGCAGAGUUGGUAACUGAGUGUCGGAGCAGGGGCUGGAAAGCCCGCUGUGAACCAGUCGAGGUGGGGUGCAGGGGUUUUGCUGGCCAGUCACUACCCCGCACCUUGAAGCUCCUUGGAGUGAAGGGUCAGCUGUGCAGAAAAGCCAUCAGGAGUAGCACAGAGGCAGCGGAGAAAGCCUCUAGAUGGCUAUGGAUCAGGAGGGGGGAUCCUUGGAGUAGCGGGCCACUUGGACACAAGUCGGGGGCUGAUCACCCCCGGCUGGGUCGCCUGGUGAGGGUGUUUGAUGAUUAAAGACC